CUUAUCUAAUCCUCGUCCGCUGCGGGGUUGUAUGCGGCCCAUCUGGGCCAAAAAUAUUGAUUCUAUCAUGGCAGGUCAUUUCUUUUCCAUCCACAAGCCACCCACCGAGACGCCGCCUAUCGCCCAGACGAAAUCCAUCCCCCCAAGAAAGAGUGACAGGGGAAGUCGAAAAAGCAGCAUCUUGUGCUUUACGAGCCACAAGCAAAGCGACGCCAUCAAUUCAACAUCAUCUUAUCAUCCCAUCUGCUACUAUCGAAUAGCAGGGGAGGAUUCUGAGAGCAAGAGGAACGUAACCCAAACAACAAGGCCAUAUCGUUUUCCCACCUUGGGUUAUCCUACAUCUGUAGGACGUUUGUGACAGUUGCGAAAGCACCCCAAAAUCGCAGCGGAGAAAGUUUGGGGGGUCAGAAGUGAAUUCGCUUGCUGGGGUGGCGACAGAGACAAAGCCAACCCAUACGUAUCUUUCAAGACAAGUUGGACAAAGCACGCAACAUCACAGGAGGCUUUCCUCACCACCUGGCGCCAUGGACAAAGAUCUCGACAACGCGAACCCGACCAUUUUAAGCGCGGCUCAGCUGCCAACACGUCAGAACAAGCGUUCGGCGCCCACAGCCGGCCCGGAGGACAUGUUUGACGAUGUCAUCUACGCCAAGCCUUGGUACCUCUGCCAACCCUUCUGUGAUGACGACUCGCUCUGGCCUGACGCCGAUGCCGACCAGUGGACUCCAGAGCCCAUCGACGAGCAAGAAAUUUAUGAUUUGAUAUCAACAAUCUCCGAUCCAGAGCACCCGCUCUCCCUGGGACAGCUGGCUGUUGUCAACCUGCCCGACAUCCACAUCAACCCUCCUCCUCACGCGGGAGCUAUGGAUCCCAACAGACUGGUUCAAGUCUUGGUCGAGUUGACGCCGACCGUCUCCCACUGCUCCCUCGCCACCGUGCUCGGUCUCGGCGUCCGGGUACGGCUGGAGAAGGCGCUGCCUCCCAACUGGCGCGUGGAUGUCAGGGUCAAGGAGAACGCGCACGCCCAGGAUGACCAGGUCAACAAGCAGCUCAGCGACAAGGAGCGCGUCGCCGCCGCGCUGGAGAACGACACCCUGAAAGGGGUACUCGACAAGAUGCUUGAAACUUGUGUCUGAUUGGUAAACUAGCUGUUGCGCAGAUGCCGGGCUUUGAGUAUCAGACGUUGAAUACGAAUGUCAAGAUGCACAGUUCCCCCAAGUACUGGCAAAACCGGGUGUUUGUCGGAUAAAACUGUUCGCCCAAUCGAGUCACGGUCCAAGGAGCAUUCUUCCUCUAUUAGAAAAAAAGUGAUCGACGUUCUGCGCUAUUCUCGGUCAAGGCAUCGCCACCUUGGCAGGGGCAUUCUAUCAAUUCUUCUUGACGAAUAUCGUGGCGGACCGACACUUCCCCAAGGAAACAGAUCGACAGGGACCAUUCGCCCGACGCGGACCGCAACCUGGGAAAAAAAGACGCAAGGGAGGGGGGGCCCCCAUUCGUCUGACGGGAUGCUGUCGCCUCUCUCCACCCGUGGAAGUCGGAAAAUGGGGGUCGGCGGCGGGAUCGGCUGACGAUUCAUGACUCUUACAAAACCCGCGGCAAAGUUCCGAGUAGGGCUGUGCGGGCGGGAAGGAGUCAGGGUGUGCUGUUGCUUGCUUGGAUGAUGGGCUUGGCCGUCCCUCGAUGGCAUUGACGAGUCGGAUCUUCCGACCAGCCUAGGUAGCCAUCAUGAUGGACACUGGACCGCCACCUGAUGGGAAUGAAUGAAUGACUCUCGUCCCAGGCGUGCUCAGUACCCAUCCAUCUCUAUGUCUUGUGUGUCGUCAUCCGAAUGUCCAACGAAACGUAGUGUUCGAGCAGUUGCCACGCUACUUUGGGUACCCAUUGCAGCGGACUAAAUAGCCGACCAAGAUGUUGAUGGACCGCACAUCCUGGGCCACCACUGACGCGACAGCCGACCUGCUUACCAAUCCAGAGCGACAAUGACGAGAUGAGAGAGAGGCGCGGGCAAAAGAGGAAAGACGGUUCCGAUUCACUGAGGGACCGUCAACCUCGCUUUGUCGGUAUGAAGAUCUGCAAACUAUUGACUGUCUGGUCCAAGGCAAACGGCCAGCUUGAUUUCCCCAAGUGUAACUCGCCUGACCAACUUUUCUCUUCCUCGCUCUUUUUCCACUUCCUUCCCCCCCCCCUCUCUCUCCCUCUGUCUCCCUCUCCCUCACUUUCUUUCUUGGCUACAAACAGGACAAAAACUUGAACUGAGGUUACAUAUGUGGCGCAAAAUCUCGUCCCAACCAUGCGAAAAAAGAGGGGAAGGUGGGAGGUCGGCGGACGAGGGGUGUAGUAUGACUACAGUAGUAUGCAACCUUUUCCACGACCCGAUCUAUCGACCGUGAGAAGGCCGAAUUGGGGGAUGGGCAGCGUCUGUUGUUGAAGGUGGGAUGCUGUCCACGUUCACCCUGCGGAGGGUGUCCAAUGCCCGCUGCAGACCCCCCGAGUCCUUCGCGCUAGAGGUCUCUAAAGCUGAACAAAGAUGAGGCGGCUGCUUACCGCAGAGCUUAAUUGCUUAUGAAGCGUGUGGGAACUGACGGUUUCUUCGUGGGAGAAGGGGGGGUUGUGCCGGUGCCGCGUGCCGGCGGCGACGCCAGGCACAAAGCGUCGGUCGGUAGAUAGGUAGGUACCACUGUAUGUGAGUGGAUGGGACUGCACGCUGCCAGCGCACGAGGUAAGAUCGAGGAUGGAAGCAAGCAAGAACCCGUCCGAUCUGUAAACACUCCCGAGAUGUCUUCCGUGGCCCAAGCUCGCUUCCGUCGCUCUAGAUUCCCAUACCCAGUAUCGAUGUCGGCGUCGUUGCAGCGAAGUGUCGCCGAUUGAAUGCGCCCUGGAGACGCACGACAGGCAUCACGCUGUGUUGGGCGUGGCAAGAACGACAGGCGAGUAAUGACACUCGGGCAACGUGUGUGGGUUGGGUUGGUUGUCUGGUAUCAUCACAACCAUCAUUUCCAAACGCACACAGACAUGAUGCCGACUGGUACCCUGUCCAAGACAGAAGGUCGCGCGGAAGGUAAAGUCGCGGCGCAUCCUGCACGUCCUAGCGUGCAGCCCUAUCUCCCACGCCGUGCAAGUUGACGCAUCUUUGGUUGCCUGAGCCGACUUUCUGCAAUGAGGAAAUGCAAGCCGUCCACACGUGCGUUAAAGAUUGACGUCUGACGAUAGACACAAGCCGCAACGCAGCUCCCUGUUCGAGAAGGAGUUUCGAGAAACGCCGCCCAAUGGGAAUGGCCCUCGCGCCCAAGAAGGAAGUUGCCAAACAAAUCUGUUGAGGGAUUGGAUGGGGAGUGCUCGUGGGGUGCGUCGGGGCGUCGAGGGGAAGAGGAUGUGCCGAAGGUCGUCACGGCGCAGCCAAACAGGCAGGUAAAGGUGCAAAAAUUCGUCUACUCAAGCCUCUCGUCCCCCCCCCCCCCUGGAGGCCCGGCAGCUGAUGUCAGAAGCGCCGGUUGUUGGAGUUCCCUUGGGCUUGGGGUUUCUUGGAUAUGCGCUGUAAGGUUUGGUUGGGUUGCUGCAAUCUGCCGUACACGGAGGGGGUCCUACCAGGGGCCAGCAGAUCUCUGGUGAACGCGGCAGGUGAGAGGGAGACUGUGUGAUUGUGUAUUUUGAAACGGGUGACUUGCAGGAAUGGUGUGUGAAGUUUGUGGGUAUGUCCUUACAUGUAGGAGACAGUGUCAUUUUGCGAGGUGUGGCGGUGACGUGGAAUCCUUGGAGGGAAAGCUAGGGAUGGUGGUUUUUGGUCGU